GGUUCACAUAAAAUAAAACUAUGCCCCCAACAUCCCAAAUUAAUUACAUCCAAUCACCGCUCACCGUUGCUCUCCUUCGCCAAUCGCCGCCGCCACCACCACCACCACCACUUUUCUCCUCCUCUCGUUUCUCCUCCGACAUACAAACCCUUCGCCCGCCCCCAUUCCCCCCCUACCACUACUGCUUCUUCCUCCAAUUCUCCUAAUUCUAUCGUCUGCGGUUUCCCUUCUGUCUGGAUUUCCGGCCGAUGAUAUGGCCGUGAAUCACCAGGACUCCUGCUCGAGGUCGAUCAACGAGACGGUGAAUGCCUCCCACAAAUUCACCAUCCGGGGUUACUCUCUGGCCAAGGGCAUGGGUCCUGGCAAGUACAUCUCCAGCGAUACCUUCUCCGUCGGCGGCUACGAUUGGGCCGUCUACUUUUACCCCGACGGCAAGAACGUCGAGGAUUCCUCCAUCUACGUUUCCGUUUUCAUCGCGCUCGCCAGCGAAGGCACCGACGUCAGGGCCUUGUUUGAGCUCACCUUGAUGGAUCAGAGCGGGAAAGGGAAGCACAAAGUGCACUCCCAUUUCGAUCGGGCCCUCGAGAGCGGGCCUUAUACUUUGAAAUACAAAGGAAGCAUGUGGGGUUACAAGAGAUUUUUCAAGCGAGCAAAUUUAGAAGCCUCUGACUAUAUUAAGGAUGAUUGCCUCUCAAUGCAUUGUACUGUAGGAGUUGUCAGAACUCGGGUUGAAGGGCCAAAACAAUAUAGCAUUUCUAUUCCCGCCUCGGACAUGGGCCUAAAUCUCAAGUACUUGCUAGAUUCUGAAGUUGGCAGUGAUAUAGUUUUCCAGGUUGGAGAAGAGACAUUUAAGGCUCACAAGUUAAUCCUUGCUGCUCGUUCUCCCGUGUUCAAAGCCCAGUUCUUUGGCCUCAUUGGAAAUCCUAAUACAGAUAAAGUAGAACUUGAGGAUAUUGAACCAUCAAUAUUUAAGGCUAUGCUUCAAUUUCUUUACACCGAUCAGCUUCCAAAUUUACAUGAAAUUAUUGGCUCAACCUCAACGUGCACUUCAACAAUCAUGAUGCAACAUUUAUUGGCUGCAGCUGACCGGUUUGGUUUAGAUAGACUGAAACAAUUAUGUGAGGCAAAAUUGUGUGAAGAAGUAACUGUCGAUACGGUGGCAACGACUCUUUCACUAGCUGAUCAACAUCGAUGCCUCCAGCUUAAGACCAUAUGUUUGAAAUUUGCAGCUACAAACUUGGGAGUUGUUAUGCAGUCUGAAGGGUUCAAGCACUUGGAAGAGAGCUGCCCCUCACUGUUGUCUGAGCUGUUGGAAACAGUUGCAUCAAUCGACGAAAAGGCAAGUCUAAUCUCUAGCAGGAAGAGGAGUAGCAGCAGCAUCUUUGGGGUAGACUUAGUACCCGAUGGUGCUGCAGCAGAACCAUUUAAUCCUAAUAUGAGGUGUUUGCGGAGGCGGAUGUAAUCUUGUAAUUGCAAUGAACGCUGGCUGGCUGGCUGGCUGGCUGGCUGGCUGGCUGGCUGGCCUUGUGAUGAGCUAUCUAUUUGAAAACUACUGCACUAAUGGUUUUGUCCAUAUAUUAUAUAUUAGUUUAAACUUAUGUAGAAACAUUUCUUGUGAUUUUAUGUUGUGUGAGGUUAGGCGUAUGGACUGUGAAUUGUUUUUGCAUCCAUGUUUUAGACACUCUUAAGUGGGGUUAGAUGAGAAGUAAUGGUUUUAGACAUUCUGUGUUCUACUAAUCAUGAAUGGCUUUUAUUAAA